GGAGAUUAUCUUAAUUUGGAUUUGAAUUAGUUUUUGACGGAUGAAGAUAUGAGUAGACCCUUUGGAAACUGCGAAGGUUCCCUUUUCGAGGAGAAUUGAUAACCAAUUCACUACUCAGAAUUUGAUAUGGGGUGUAUUGUCACAUCCUUCUUUGAAUUAUCUCUAUUUCAUGGCUCAGCACAAGAAUAAUGGGACUAACUCGAUAUACACAGAUAUCCUAAUGACUGAUUUUGAGAUAAAUACGAUUGUAAUGAAAUCUAUCAAGGCCGAUCCACCAAAUAAGGAGAAAGGAAUUAGCCAAAAUGGAGACUACUUGUACAUCCUCUUCGGUAUUCAAAAAUAUUUUAUGGAGUUCAACUCUACUGACCUCUCCAUUACCGCUUUUCUCUCAAUUCCUGACAAGAACUACAGAGACAUAGGUUCACCUUAUACAGCUGGUGAUGACUCUUCAGAUCCUGCUGUGGUAUACAUGGAUAUUGUCCUAGACACUGCUGAUUAUUGGAGUGUCUGUAAAUGGAAGAGAACAGAGACCCAGAUGACUUGUCUAAACUACGGGCAGACCUCUAAUUCUAUUAAUUUUAAACCAAUUAAUUCAGACUUGGUUUUUAUGAACAUGAUGAGAACAGGCUCUUCAAACCUCUACUAUACAUUACUCAACUUUUCUUCAAAUUCUUUUAAUUGGUCAAAGUACACACAAUGUACGACUGACUGAUCUCUUGAUAGAAGUGACUCCGCUAUCAGUAGCGAUGGAGGGUUUUUAUAUGUGGCUAGCUCCUUUGGAAAUAGAGUACUAUUUCAUGUUCUUGAUCUUGCCACUGGAGAACCAAAGAAUUCUGGCCUUAUUGCUUCUGGAUUUGCUAAUUAUUGCAAUGAUAUUGAAGAGGUUGAAGGAAGCAAUAUAGUCCUAAUCCUGGAAGAUACUACAAACACUAUAUCUUCAAUAACGGUUAUCGACAAAGAAAAGUCUACUGUGAAAAAGGAAUUUCUCCAGUCUGGUAUAACCACUCGUGCUUCUCAAAAAAUCAUCGUAAGUGGGCAGGAAGUCCUCGUGAUUGGAGGGCAAAUUUCUAUGGUUCAUAGAAUGAUCAGGACACCAGUAGGGGAUAUAGGAAGACUUAGUUAUUUUACAGAAAGAUCUUCAAUUUUCUCUACAAUCACUACAGAAGGAGUUGUUGAGAGCUUUCCGUCAGAUCUUCCAGCCAUGAAUUCUCUCACUCCUUCAAUGACUGUGGAAGAUCCCUCAACUCUUACAAUCACUACUGAAGUAACCUCUGAUUAUGCUCCUGAUUAUUUGGCUUAUAUAAACAAAGAAGAUUAUGUUAAAUCAUUCAUUGCAAAUAAUUACAUCGAAGAGGAAAUAAGUCUCGGAUGAACUUACCAGGAUGAUUCUUCAUCAAUGAGCUUUGCUGUUACUCAACUUGAUGGAGAAUCAGUACCAAAUUGGGUACAUAUAGAUUUUGCUGAGCAAUUGUUGUAUCUGAACAAAACACCUGACAGUGAUAAAGAUACUUUAUAUAAGUUCUCAAUCCUUAUUAAUUAUCAAGCAGAGAGUGUUACCAAAAAUUUCUAUCUGACAAUAAAACAAUGAGAUCUUGAUAAUUGAAAUGUAUGACAAAAAGAUGAUCCUCAAAAAUGAGAUGAGUGCAACGUAGGCUAUUCAUUAAACGAGUCAACACGCCAAUGAGAAAGAGAAUCAGCAGAAGCAUAUUCUACUUCUGCAAAAGUUAUAAUGGGUACAAGUAUUGCUCUGGCUGUAUUUACAUCUUUAGUAACAAUGAGCUCACCUGUAGGGAUUUUUAGUAUGGUAAAUCAAUUUCAGCUCUAUAUUUUACUGCCUCUACUCCCUCCAUAUUUCCCUGCAAAAGUUGGAGAUUUUAUUCUUGGGAUGGAUUUCUCUGCUAUGUCUUUCAAUUUUAUUCCAACUUAUGAACUUCCUGUUAUCAAAGAUACCCAAACAAUAAUAUCUGAUCCUCAAGAUGAUAGCUAUCUCGAAGAAAUCGGACUCAAGUCAAGGAGCACAGUUACCAAUUAUUCAUAACCUCCCAAACUUGUGCGUAAUCCUAUCAAUAAUGACACUGCAUGGCACCAUCUGUCUGUUUUAUUGCUGUCAGAGGAGGAGCAGAAGGGAGCCUAAUAAAUGAAGCAAAUUAGUGGAGAAUCUUUUUAAGUAUUUUACGUUUAGCGUUUAUAUCAGAUUUGUACUGGAGAAAUUCGUGUUUAUGGUUAUCUCAAUCUUCUCAGAACUAGAGAGAUUCAAAACAGACAACGUGAGCUCUUCAGUAUCCUUAUGAGUCUGCUUCUUGUUCUUGCUCUGCCAAUUAGUCUUCUUUUGCUUAAUUAUUGCCUUCUAUUGUUCAAGACUGGAAAAUAUUACCUCUAAGCUCUAUCAUCACUGGGCUGUACAAGAGCUCAGAUCUGGCCUAAAGGAUACUAAAGGUGCCAGCUUCUUCUACAUAGUCUUUACAGAGAAGAAGCCAAUUAACCCAUAAUGAGGGAGCCAAGAGAUUUGUGUCCAAGAAUAAUAGAUAGCUGAACCCUGCCCUUAGAUUAAGACUGAAACAUAUUAAGCAAAUAAUAAGCUAACUGUAAAUUAUUUAGCAAACACUUUUUUAUAUUUCUUCAAUUCUCCAUGUUGUCCUCGAAACCUUUAGGUCAUUUUUAACAAGAUGACUCAUGGUUUUAAAAGAAAGCAUUCUUUUAGUAUUGCCUAUAGACUGAUUUAACAGUAAUGCUCCUGCUUUGUUUGAUUAUGAAUAUUAAUAGCAGCUUUUAAGGCUUAAGGAAAUAAUUACUGUAUCCUUGCCAGGUAAGUCUAUUUCAGAAAUUAGUUCUGAGAAUUAGUACAGCUAAAAUAAACCGGUUUUCAUAUAGGCUUCUGUCAACUAGUGUGUUGAUCCUAGUUGUUUCCAAAGAUGGUCAGAACAAAGCGAUAUCAUCUUGGGACUCAUU